CAUUUUUGUUUUUACCAUUCUGUCACUCCAUCAUUAAAUAGAGUUUGGUGUACACCGAACUUAGUUGAGGCCAUAAUUAAACCGCAAAGAUAUGAACAUUUGGAAAUAUUUAUUUUUCCAUUAGAAUAGAGCAUAAAGCAACAUAGUAGAAGAAGUGCAUGAAGUAGGUAGCAGAGAGGUAGAGUUUGUGAGAGCAAAGUUGAAGGUGAAGUUUCCCAAGGGUGCACAAACAUGUCCUUCGCAUCCUUCUCGUGUGCAUUCCCUGAGAAACAAACCUCAGGGGACAAGUUUCUCUCAACUCUGCUUCAAUGGCUUGGAUUUAUUUUCCUCUCACCUUGUCCUCAGAGAGCGAUGUUGACCUUCGUUGAUGUCGUACUUCUCUUGUUUCUCUCUGUGUUCUCUGCUACCAAGCUUUGGAAAAGGUUCACCUCCGACGGAGGGUCCCACAUCGAUCUCAACAAACCGCUCAUCAGAAACAACAGAUCCAUUUUCUCUACAACUAUCCAGUUUAAGCUAACCUUAUCUGUAACAGUUGUUUUGACUAUACUAUACACUGUUGCUUGCGUUUUUGCAUUCAGAAGCUCCUCCAAGGGGCCAUGGAAGCAAGUUGAUGAGGUGUGUUGGUUGGUCCAGGCCAUAACACAUGCGGUGCUUGCAGUGUUAAUCAUCCACGAGAAAAGAUUUGAAGCCGUUACACACCCUCUAUCGGUUCGAGUUUAUUGGAUUGUCAAUUUCUUUGUCAUUUUAUUCUUUACCGUUUCGGCGGUUAUUCGUUUGGUCUCAGUCGACGUGGAUGAAACCAAAGGCUUCAAGGUGGACGAUGUGGUCUCUUUUGUUUCGCUUCCUCUGUCGUUGUUUCUGUUUUUUAUGGCGGUUAAGGGAUCCACAGGCGUUGUUUUGUGGACAGAAGAAACAGAACCACUUGUUGACGAGGGAAAAUCUGAGGUUACUGGCUUUGCUUCAGCUUCUCUAUUUUCCAAGGCAUUUUGGAUUUGGAUAAACCCCUUGUUGCGUAAAGGGUACAAAUCUGCAUUAAAGAUUGAUGAGAUUCCAACGCUUUCUCCCGAGCAUAGAACUGAGAGGAUGUCAUCCAUUUUUGAAUCAAAAUGGCCUAAGCCAAACGAGAGGUCGAAGCAUCCGGUUAGAAUCACCUUGCUUCGAUGCUUUUGGAAGGAGUUAGCCUUCAUUGCAUUCCUUGGAUUUAUAAGGCUGAGUGUCAUGUUUGUGGGGCCGCUUCUCAUACAAAGCUUCGUUGAUUUCACUUCAGGGAAGAGAAGCUCUCCAUAUGAAGGAUACUACCUCGUCUUGAUUCUUCUCGUUGCUAAGUUCGUUGAAAUCUUGAGUACUCAUCAUUUCAACUUCAACGCUCAGAAGCUUGGGACGCUUAUACGCUGCACUCUCGUCCCUUCUUUGUAUAGAAAGGGAUUAAUGCUGUCGUUCACUGCUCGGCAAGAUCACGGAGUUGGAACCAUUGUGAAUUACAUGGCUGUUGAUACUCAGCAACUCUCUGACAUGAUGCUUCAGUUACAUUCUGUGUGGAUGAUGCCACUUCAAGUUAGUAUUGGCUUACUUCUGCUUUACAAUUCUCUAGGUGCCUCGGUGGUCACUGCUUUUCUUGGUCUUCUUGGUGUUUUUGUGUUUGCUGUGAUUGGCACUCGUAUGAACAACACCUUCCAGUAUAAUGUGAUGAAGAACCGUGACUCGAGAAUGAAAGCUGUGAAUGAGAUGCUUAAUUACAUGCGCGUGAUCAAGUUUCAGGCCUGGGAGGAACAUUUCAACCAGAGGAUUAUGGGUUUCCGCGAGAAGGAGUAUGGGUGGCUCUCCAAGUUGAUGUUCUCAAUUUGCGGCAAUAUUGUGGUGAUGUGGAGCACGCCGUUGUUGGUAUCAACUCUCACGUUUGGUACGGCUGUUUUGCUGGGAGUUAAACUUGAUGCAGCCACGGUCUUCACCACUACAUCUGUGUUCAAGAUCUUGCAGGAGCCUAUUAGGACCUUCCCACAGUCUAUGAUAUCUCUUUCACAGGCAAUGAUAUCACUGGAGAGGUUAGAUAGGUUCAUGUUGAGCAGGGAAUUGUCGAAUGAUUCAGUUGAGAGAGAGGAAGGGUGUGGUGCACAAACAGCUGUGGAAAUUAUUGAUGGGACUUUUAGUUGGGAUGAUGAUAACACACAGCAGGACUUGAAAAAUAUUAAUUUGGAGAUCAAAAAGGGGGAGCUUACAGCAAUUGUUGGGACUGUAGGGUCAGGAAAGUCCUCUCUUCUUGCGUCAAUUCUUGGAGAGAUGCGCAAGAUCUCUGGAAAGGUACGGGUUUGUGGGAGUGUUGCCUAUGUUGCACAAACAUCUUGGAUUCAGAAUGGGACUAUUGAAGAAAAUAUUCUCUUUGGUUUACCAAUGGACAGACAGAGGUACAAUGAAGCUAUCAGGGUGUGUUGUUUGGAGAAAGAUUUGGAAAUGAUGGAUUAUGGGGAUCAGACAGAAAUUGGAGAGCGUGGUAUCAACCUGAGUGGAGGUCAGAAGCAGCGUAUACAACUUGCCAGGGCGGUAUAUCAGGACUGUGAUAUAUAUCUUCUUGAUGAUGUCUUCAGUGCUGUUGAUGCUCAUACUGGCUCUGAAAUAUUUAAGGAAUGCGUGAGGGGAGCUCUAAAGGGCAAGACCACUGUUCUUGUAACACACCAAGUUGAUUUCCUACAUAAUGUGGAUCUUAUAUUAGUGACGAGGGACGGUAUGAUAGUCGAAUCAGGGAAAUACAAUGAUAUAUUAGAUUCUGGAAUGGAUUUUAAAGCCCUAGUAACUGCACAUGAGACCUCCAUGGAACUAGUAGAGCAGGGUGUGGUCAUACCUGGUGAAAAUUUGAGCAAACCAAUGAAAGCUCCAGAGGCAGCUUCUAAUUAUGAGGGAACCGAUGGUGAAAGCAAUUCUGUUGACCCGCUUGAGUCUAGUAAGAAAAGUUCUAAACUUAUCAAAGAAGAGGAGAGAGAAACCGGCAAAGUGAGCUUACAUGUGUAUAAACUAUACUGCACUGAGGCUUUUGGGUGGUGGGGUAUUACAAUUGUAUUGGUUCUUUCUUUGUUAUGGCAAGCGUCUAUGAUGGCAAGUGAUUAUUGGCUGGCAUAUGAAACCUCAGAAGAACGUGCUGAAGUGUUUAACCCUUCUCUGUUCUUGUCCAUCUAUGCAAUUAUUACUGCCAUUUCGGUUAUUUUGGUAGUGAUAAGAUCCUACUUCUUUACACUCUUGGGGCUAAAGACUGCACAACUUUUCUUCACACAAAUUCUUCGUAGCAUCUUGCAUGCACCCAUGUCUUUCUUUGACACUACGCCAUCUGGGAGAAUUCUAAGUAGGGCAUCCACUGAUCAGACCAAUGUUGAUGUCCUCCUCCCCUUGUUCACGGGAAUUGUUAUUGCCAUGUACAUUACAGUGCUCAGCACCUUAAUCAUCACCUGUCAAAAUGCUUGGCCAACAGUGCUUUUGAUAAUUCCUCUUGUUUGGUUGAAUAUAUGGUACCGGGGUUACUAUCUUGCAUCAUCUCGUGAGUUAACUCGGUUGGAUUCAAUUACCAAAGCACCAGUUAUUCAUCACUUCUCUGAAAGCAUUGCGGGAGUCAUGACAAUCCGCGCAUUCAGAAAGCAAAAGAAAUUUUGCGAAGAAAAUCUCAAACGGGUGAAUGCUAAUUUGCGUAUGGAUUUCCACAACUAUAGUUGUAAUGUGUGGUUGGGAGUACGCUUAGAAUUGCUUGGAAGCUUUGUCUUUUGCGUUUCUGCCUUGUUCAUGAUCAUCUUACCCAGCAGUAUCAUAAAGCCAGAAAAUGUUGGUUUAUCUCUCUCUUAUGGGUUGUCCUUAAAUAGUGUCUUGUUCUUUGCUGUAUACUUGAGCUGUUUCAUCGAAAACAAGAUGGUGUCUGUUGAGAGGAUAAAGCAGUUCACAAAUAUUCCAUCGGAACCAGAAUGGAAAAUCAAGGAUCAUCUGCCUCCUUCAAUUUGGCCUGGUCAAGGCAAUGUAGAUAUCAAAGACUUGAAGGUCAGAUAUCGUCCAAACACUCCUCUGGUUCUUAAAGGCAUUAGUUUAAGCAUUAGUGGAGGUGAAAAGGUUGGUGUUGUUGGUCGAACUGGGAGCGGAAAGUCAACUUUGAUUCAAGUAUUCUUUAGGCUGGUGGAACCUUCAGGAGGGAAAAUAGUAAUUGAUAGUAUUGACAUAUCCCUCUUGGGGCUUCAUGAUCUUAGAUCACGGUUUGGUAUCAUUCCUCAAGAGCCAGUCCUUUUUGAAGGAACUGUCAGAAGCAACAUUGAUCCAAUUGGACAGUACACAGAUGAUCAAAUAUGGAAGAGCUUGGAACGCUGUCGACUAAAAGAGGUUGUUGCUGCUAAGCCUGAAAAACUUGACUCUUUAGUGGUGGAUAAUGGAGAGAACUGGAGUGUAGGGCAGAGACAGUUACUUUGUCUAGGGAGGGUUAUGCUUAAGCGAAGCCGUCUCUUGUUCAUGGAUGAGGCAACUGCUUCUGUUGAUUCUCAAACGGAUGGUGUGAUUCAGAAGAUCAUUAGAGAGGACUUUGCAGCAUGUACCAUCAUCAGCAUUGCUCACAGAAUACCCACAGUUAUGGACUGUGACAGAGUUUUAGUUGUAGAUGCAGGGCGAGCGAAAGAGUUUGAUAAGCCUUCCAACUUGCUCCAGAGGCAAUCUCUGUUUGGGGCAUUAGUUCAAGAGUAUGCCAACCGCUCCAAUGGAAUAUAACAUAUCUGCCUUCACCACUUGUUUGAUCUAGAAAUGUAACUUUCACACAUCAUGAUAAAUUUAUAAUUUUCACUCUUCCUUCCACACA